GCUGACCCCUGCACUAUCAGACUAGAGGAAGUAAUGCAGUGUCAGCUGCCAGCCUCUGCUUCAGCACGACUGAACUAGGUCACAGUAAUGGCCGCCGCCUGUGUCUCCGUCUCUGAAGCGUGGGCCCAGCCACCUCCUGCCUCUCUGGGAUGCCUCUGAGCUUAGAUUUACCACUGAGUGGAAUUGCAAGUCAUCCCUGCCAGUAACAGAAGAAAGAGGAGCAAAGGAAUUUAGCAGAUGGACAUCCCAGGACCAUCCUGUCUGCAGUUGGCUGUGCGUUGUAAAACAGAGAGACGCGCCCACUCUCGGGACCUGCAGUGGCUCCAGAUUCCAACCCCCCGGGGCUCCCGGCCAGACAGACUGAGCAUGCGAGUCACACUUGCUGUGGCGGCCUGGAUGGCGUCUUUAGUCUCCAGUUAUUCAUAUCCUGCAAAUACUUUGCCAGAUAUCGAAAAUGAAGAUUUCAUCAAAGACUGUGUUCGAGUUCACAACAAGUUCCGAUCAGAGGUGAAUCCAGCAGCCAGUGAUAUGCUAUACAUGACUUGGGACCCAGUACUAGCCCAAAUUGCAAAAGCGUGGGCAAGACACUGUCAGUUUGCACAUAAUUCACAGCUGAAGCCACCCUACAAGCUGCACCCAAAUUUCACUUCCCUGGGAGAAAACAUCUGGACUGGGUCUCGAUCCUUGUUUUCUGUGUCUUCAGCUAUCACGGCCUGGUACAAUGAAAUGGAAUACUAUGACUUCAAGACCCGGAAAUGCAGCAAGGUCUGUGGCCAUUACACUCAGGUUGUUUGGGCAGAUAGCUACAAAGUUGGCUGUGCAGUACAAUCUUGUCCUAAAGUUUCUGGCUUUGAAACCCUUUCCAACGGAGCACAUUUUAUAUGCAACUACGGACCAGCAGGAAAUUACCCAACCUGGCCAUAUAAGAAAGGAUCCACUUGCACCGCCUGCCCCAGGAAUGACAUCUGUCUGGACAACCUCUGCGCUAACCCACAGCGAGACAACGUCACACGUUACUACUCUACUGUGUAUCCAGACUGGCCGAUAUCUUCACGUAACAGAUACAUCUCUCUCUUUCUCAUUGUUAGUCCGCCAAUCCUAUUAUUGGGUGUUAUAAUUACCAUUUGGGUCAAGCACAAAUAUCCUCACAUUUAGUUCUGUUGGACUAAUACAAUCCAGAAAAAAAAAACAACUCUCACUUAAAAAAUAACAGUUGGGCGGGGCCAGCCCUGUGGCAUAGCGGUUAAGUUCGUGUGCUCCACUUUGGUGGCCUGGGGUUUGCGAGUUCGGAUCCUGGGUGCAGACCUACACCACUCAUCAAGCCAUGCUGUGGCAGUGUCCCACAUACAAAAAUAGAGGGAGACUGACACGGAUGUUAGUUCAGGGCCAAUCUUCCUCACCAAAAAAAAAAAAAAAAAAACCCCACACAAUUGGGUUUAUUUCUAAUUUUAAAACAUUUCAUGAAAAAAAUGUUGUUGCAAUAAACUCUUAGAAGAAGCAACUGUUCAACUUCCCAACUCUAUAGGAUAAACUCAUCUUUACUUUCCACUUUUCUAUGAAUGAGCAGUUUUCAGGCUGCCACAGCUGAUAAGUAGCCAGCCUGUCUGCCUCAGCUUCUCAGUAUGUAAGAUGAGCAAGCUAGAUGUAGGUGAUUCCAGAUAACCCCCCGGCCCUCAGGAGUAAAAAUGUUUCUACCUCGCUUGUUCAUGCUGCUUCAAGUCUGAAUACCUGGUUUUCCCUGCUCUCCUGCAAUUUGAUGUGCUUCUGGUUGACCACUUUCCCAGACUCAGAAUACAACAGAAAUGAAGGAUUUGAUCUAAGA